CUAGGGACGCCUCGGCCGCGGCAACCGCCAUGGAUCAGGAGGAGGGGCUGUCGGCCGUGGACAACAUCGUCACUCAGUACAACACCUACGAGGACUUCCUCGACUCGCAGAUCACCACCUUCGACCUGUACUACCUGGAGGAUGAAGGCCUGGCCCGCCAGCUGGUGGAGCUCGGCUACCGAGGGACCGGGGAGGUGGUGAAGAGGGAAGAUUUUGAAGCAAGGAAGGCAGCCAUAGAGAUUGCACGGCUGGCUGAGCGAACUCAGAAAAAGACAUUAACAAGUGCUGGUAAAGACUUGAAAGAUGGUUUUCUGAAGGCUCUGGCAGUGAGAGAAGAAGACAAUCGCAACGGGAAAGUGAGCUCUGUGAUCUUCAUUCGUGACAAAAAUUCUCAUGGACAGGAGAUAUCAGGAUACAUUGACUAUGCCCAUAGGCUAAAGACUGAAGAUUUUGAAGUUUACUUUAAUGGGAAAAAAAGACUCCUUCCAAGAUCCACAGAUUUGAGCUUUUACAACUGGGACAGUCAAAUUGCUGUUUGGAAUUCAACUCCCAAUUAUCAGGUGAUUGCUGAUAAUCCAGAAGGCUUGCUUUUCAAAUACAAAAGAGACAGAAAAAUUCUCAAUGUGGACCCAAAAGCUCAACCAGGUGACAACUCUACUAGAAUUCCUAUCCAGACAGAACUCUACAUACAAGCUGUAAUUUAUGACCACAUUUCCAGAAGAAAGACUUAACUACCAACAUGUUAGAUGGUUCCCUAAUUGUUUGCUAAAUUAGAAUGAAACCUGUAACCAGAAACAAAUUAGAAUAAUAAAUAAGCCCUAUAGCUGGAAGGCAAUUUAGAAUAUUAAAAGUUAAUAAAGAAAUUAGAAAG